AGAGGUCAGUCCCCUGGUUGUGUGCAGCACGGCAAGUUUGAACUCAGUGCUUGUCUUUUUUGUUGUUGCAGUAGCUAUGUUUUUGCUAAAAAACUUAAAGACAAUUUAGUAUUUUGGUGUGGGAGUCAGGCAGGCAUUGGACAAUCGAGAUGUGCAGCUUGAUUCUCAUCAAGGCAGAGACCAUGAGCCUCCAGGGGACAUCACUCUUCUCUUGCGGAGUCAUGGAGACCGGCAGCAGGUGGGGUGACGUGGAUCUGGGCCGGGUGUGUUGUGGAGCCCUGCAUCACCAGAGACCCUCAGUGGAGUCCAGUUGCCUGGAAAACCUGUGGGAUGUCCUGCCGUCUGAGGUUCUACCCUCCCACUACUACCAGAGCUCAGUCCGCUGUGGGGACAGAGACGCAGGACUGAGUCCCACCAGCAUCACCUCCAUCCCAGGCACCAUCACCAGCCUGCUACAGGACCUGAGCCUGGGUGAGGCGUCAGCCGCUUCAGCCCCCUCACCCUCCGCCGCUCCUCCCUCCAAACGCCAGUGCCGCUCCGUCUCCUGCUCAGAGGACCUGGGAGGCUGUAGGUCGGCCUGGAGGCCCCAGGGGUCCGGGGUGUGGACGGCUGUGGCGAAGAGGCGAUGCCACAGCGGAGGAAGUGUCCAGAGAGGAUUUGCAACAGGAGGAGGGACACGCUCUCAGCAGCUAGGGUUCCCUGCCAUGCAGCGUAGCUCCAGCUUCAGCCUGCCAGCUCGCUCCAACACCCUCUCCCUGGAUCUCACUGGCUUCACCCCCUGCCCUUCCUCCUUCAGCGGCUUAGCCCCCACCUCUUACUCCUCAGAGCCCCCCAGGCCCUUCCUCUACCUCUCUCAUGAACAGAUCUGCCUCCCAGAGAUCCAGGGAGGCCCGGCGUCGCCCCUGAGCUCCCCAGACUCCACCCCAGAGAUGAAGCGUCGUGCUGGGCAGGGGGGGCUGGCCCGGAGUCGCUCUCAGCCCUGUGUCCUCAGCGAUAAGAAGAUGGGUAUGAAGCGGAGGAGACCAGCCGACUCACACAAACAGAGGCCUUCUCUGGAUCUGACCAAGAUGACACAGAAACUUCGGAAUUUCCAAAGCCUCAGCUGCCCUGGGAUCACUGGGGACGCCGGCUAUCAAUCAACCCAGGGCCCGCCCCCUCUGAGCACCACUGACCAAUGUGAGACUGACUUCGCCUCUGCAGGCGAUCAGGGAUUGGACGAUCCAACCGCCAGCUCCAAAGAGGGCGGAGUCGUCACCAGUGUCUCUGGGGAGGAGGAUCCAGCCAUCUGGCUGAGCUCCCCGGUCUGCGAUGACGUGACACACUGGGCAGCCACUGGCACCAGGAAGGAUGUGUAUCAGCUGGGAGGAGAUCUGGACAUUGAUCAGAUCGAGAGGAACUGAACCGGGUCGUGUUCAUUAGGCACCAAAUGGAACAAAACAGACUGAAACGAGGAGGGAGAACCUGGAUAUGUCCAAUGAGAAAUGCUGCAAAAUGUUAAUGCUUUUUUUUCUCAUGUUCCCGAAUGAACAUGACCCUGAACUAUUCUUACCACCCUCAGGGGAAAGGGACUGAAUGACCCUGAACUAUUCUUACCACCCUCAGGGGAAAGGGACUGAAUGACCCUGAACUAUUCUUACCACCCUCAGGGGAAAGGGACUGAAUGACCCUGAACUAUUCUUACCACCCUCAGGGGAAAGGGACUGAAUGACCCUGAACUAUUCUUACCACCCUCAGGGGAAAGGGACUGAAUGAACACGACCCUGAACUAUUCUUACCACCCUCAGGGGAAAGGGACUGAAUGACCCUGAACUAUUCUUACCACCCUCAGGGGAAUGGGACUGAACGACCCUGAACUAUUCUUACCACCCUCAGGGGAAAGGGACUGAAUGAACACGACCCUGAACUGUUCUUACCACCCUCAGGGGAAAGGGACUGAAUGACCCUGAACUAUUCUUACCACCCUCAGGGGAAAGGGACUGAAUGACCCUGAACUAUUCUUACCACCCUCAGGGGAAAGGGACUGAAUGACCCUGAACUAUUCUUACCAGCCUCAGGGGAAAGGGACUGAAUGACCCUGAACUGUUCUUACCACCCUCAGGGGAAUGGGACUGAAUGACCCUGAACUGUUCUUACCACCCUCAGGGGAAUGGGACUGAAUGACCCUGAACUAUUCUUACCACCCUCAGGGGAAUGGGACUGAAUGACCCUGAACUAUUCUUACCACCCUCAGGGGAAUGGGACUGAAUGACCCUGAACUAUUCUUCCCACCCUCAGGGGAAUGGGACUGAAUGACCCUGAACUAUUCUUACCACCCUCAGGGGAAUGGGACUGAAUGACCCUGAACUAUUCUUCCCACCCUCAGGGGAAUGGGACUGAAUGACCCUGAACUAUUCUUACCACCCUCAGGGGAAUGGGACUGAAUGACCCUGAACUAUUCUUACCACCCUCAGGGGAAUGGGACUGAAUGACCCUGAACUAUUCUUACCACCCUCAGGGGAAUGGGACUGUGAAAGGAAAGAGGAGUUGGGUGGUAUAGUAGGUAAACCCUGCUGACAGUCUUAAAGGACAAAGACGAGUACAGUAGUCCAUGUGAAGGGACCGGCUCCUGCUCUGUUUAAACCCUGUAGAGUACAGUAGUCCAUUUGAAGGGACCAGGCCAGGCUCCUGCUCUGUCUGGACCCUGUAGUGUACAGUAGUCCAUGUGAAGGGACCGGGUCAUGUCUCUGACUGGACCCUGUAGAGUACAGUAGUCCAUGUGAAGGGACCGGGUCAUGUCUCUGGGAGUGAAAGGUGAAGGAGGGUCUCUGUCUGGGCUAUCAGCAUUUCUCUCUUAGCCUGAAUGCCUUAUAAUGAUGUACUGGGUAUGAACAGAAUAAACAGCUGGUUUGUAUUGUGAUGUACUGGGUAUGAACAGCUGGUUUGUAUUGUGAUGUACUGGGUAUGAACUGAAUAAACAGCUGGUUUGUAUUGUGAUGUACUGGGUAUGAACAGCUGGUUUGUAUUGUGAUGUACUGGGUAUGAACUGAAUAAACAGCUGGUUUGUAUUGUGAUGUACUGGGUAUGAACAGCUGGUUUGUAUUGUGAUGUACUGGGUAUGAACUGAAUAAACAGCUGGUUUGUAUUGUGAUGUACUGGGUAUGAACAGCUGGUUUGUAUUGUGAUGUACUGGGUAUGAACUGAAUAAACAGCUGGUUUGUAUUGUGAUGUA